GUCAUCGCGUCCACAAUUCCCAUGUUUUGUGCGCAGAACCGCAUGCGGCGCGGAGAGCUUGCCGGUGCCAUCCUUGAAGCCUGAAGUAAGAGCAAGGCCCGCGCGCGCUGCUAAGGUCGCAAUGACGAAGGUGAUGCGGUGCCCGUAUGCGUGUGUAUAUAGCUGGGAGGUAGGGUGACGGCGGAGAGGUACGCCGUCUCGCUCAGGCUCGCUCUCACGAUGCUCCGCUCACUCGCCGUGUCGCUGUCUGUCGCUACUGCGGCCGUUGCAGCCUACUCGUUCAACCCGCUCGAGCACCUCGCGGGCAUCGCGCCGUACUUUGAGCCCGAGGACCCGCCGCUCGACCCCAAGCCGCCGCAGGGCUGCAAUGUCACCCGCGCGACGUACCUGGUGAGGCACGCGGCCAUCUACGCCAACGACUUCGACUACGAGGAGUACAUCGAGCCGUUCACCGACAAGCUGGGCAAUGCGAGCGUUGACUGGAGCAAGGCGGGCCCGCUGUCGUUCCUCGGCACUUGGAAGACGCCCAUCUCGGAUGAGGAGCUCGAGGAUCUGACCAAGAUUGGCGAGCUGGAGUCGUACAAGCUGGGCGUGGAUGUCAGCCUCCGGUACCCUUCGCUCAAGAGGCCGAACAAGGUUUGGACCUCGACGGCCGAGCGCACUGAGCUCAGCGCGAGCUCCUUCAUCAACGGGCUGUCCAGGAGCAACGAGACGGAGCGCGUCUCUGUGCCCGAGUCGGAGGCAGAGGGCGCCGACUCGUUGACCCCCUACAAGGGCUGCCCCAAGUACAGCUCGUCGUACGGAAGCAACCAGUCAUCCGAAUACAAGGAGAAGUACACCAAGCCCAUCAUCGAGCGCUUCAAGAACCUCGCCCCGGGCCUGAACUUCACCGCCGACGACAUUGUCGGUAUGCAGGAGCUGUGCGGCUACGAGACCGUGAUCCAUGGGUCCUCGCAGUUCUGCAACCUGGAGCUGUUCACGGCCAACGACUGGCUGGACUUUGAAUACAUGAACGACAUCCAGUACUUCUACAACGCGGGCUACGCCAACCCCAUCUCGGGCGUCCUUGGCUUCCCCUGGGUCAAUGCAUCUGCCAGCCUCCUGCUCCAGGACAAGGCCGACCAGGACAUCUACGUCUCCUUCACGCACCGCGAAUUGCCGCCCACCGUCAUCGUUGCGCUGGGCCUGUUCAACAACUCGAUGUACUCGGGCACCAACAACCCGAACGCGACGAUGCCGUUGAAGACGCAGAACUACAACCGCGUGUGGAAGUCGUCGGCCAUCCUGCCCUUCCUGACCAACAUUGCCGUCGAAAAGAUGGCAUGCGACAGCUACGGCUACGACGCCGGAGACUACUUCCGCGUCUUGGUCAACCAGAGCCCGCAGCAGCUGCCCAGCUGCAACGACGGGCCCGGCGAGAGCUGCUCCAAGUCGGCGUUCCAGUCCUUCAUCAGCAGCCGUGGCGAGGAGUUUGGCAGCUUCACGGAGAAGUGCCAGCCCGAGUACAACAACUCGACUGACGUCCUGACGAUUUACGACGCAUGAGUGCCCCAUGUAGAUUAAUGUAUAAUCAUUUGCAGCGUUCGCGUUGAUCCCUCCAUGCCAUUACC